AUACUUGGCUGAUAGAAGAGCUAGUAUGGAGUAUAUUAGUUAUACUAAUAUGAAUAUUUAGUAUCCCUCGAGGAACGCAUGCAGGGUUGUAUUUUUUUUCUUUUUUUUUUUUUUUUUUUUUUUUUUUGAAAGGAUGCAGGGUUGAAUUGAAUUAUAGUUACAUUGUUGUUAGUUAAUCCUUUAUUAAUUGUUUAUUUAGUUAAUCUGAUCUACUAUUAAUUACUCCGCAUUUCCUCACCCACCCAGCCACGUACCCUUUCCAUUUUUCCCAAAGUAGCUACUAUAAAUAGAAAGGGUCGUGACUUGUGAGGAUUAAUAUGAAGUAAUAUACUCCGUAUAUAGCAAUAGAAGCAUUAUUUCACCCAAAAGAUAAACACACUUACGCAAAGUAUUUUAAUAUGUUCAAGUUUAAGUAAUAAGUGCAACAAAUGGAAAAGGUCUCAAUUAACUUUCUGGUUGCUCCUGUUCUAUUAGCAAUGUUGCUCAUGUUCAGUACCUCAACAGCUAUGGCCAUUGUAACGAUGCCAAAAACUUCUACGGAAAUGCCAAUGAUGGUAAUAGAAGAAGUGAUGAUAGUCCAAUCACCAAAAAUUGAUGAUGAAAAUGGAUACCAUGAAACAAAUAUGAUGAUUACGCAGUCGCAUAAUCGUGGUUUGGACGCCCAAAGAAUUAAGCAAGAAGUCGCAACAAAUGAUAGCGGGGAAGUUUUGAAGUGCGCUGGUCCCCGGCAGUAUUGUAACAUUAUAUUUGGACCUCCUUGUUGUAAUGGUACAUGUAUUGAGUGAGUCUGUUAGUAUUGAGGCACCUUUUGCCGGUGGAGCAUGUGUGAUUAUAUAAAACACAACCAUAUGUAUCAAAGUCGGGUUAAAUAUAUUAUAAAUAACUUAACCCGACUGCUUAGGUUAAAGGGCUUGAUACUUUGAUCCCAUCCGGCCUCUAAUCCUCUAAGUGUUCCUAGUAACGUAUGAUCCUUUUCACUAUAAGGAUGUAGUGUAAUAGCUAGUGUGUAUUUGGCUAAUCAUGCUCAUGUAUUUAUAAUGCUUUCCUAUUUGCAUGAAUUAUGAUGAAGCGAAAUAAUUAUGUAUGUGAUUUUAAGUUUUUCUUAAAU